CCUGUCUGCUCCUCCAUCCCAUUAAGACCACUGCAGACUAGGUAAGUGUCCAAAUUGGGCCUUGAAUACUUGCAGCUGAAUAUGCAACUCCAUGCACAGAUGCAAAUCAUCACUCGAUGUAACAGGCAUAACACAAUGAACAUGCAUGGGUGAGGAAGCCUAGAAACAACUGUCAUAUCAGUCUAACCAGAUAUUUAUCUCCUUUUUUAUUUUAUGAAUAUUUUACAGAGUUUUAUCAGUUACAAAAACAUUAAACAAGGCACAAUAAAUAUAUGGUACAGGUUGGGAUGUUAAGUAGUUCCAGUUAGUGGGUUGCAUUCAACUAAGCUAUACUCAGAGUAGAGCAAUUUAAAUAAAUAGGCCUAAGUUUGUCAUGUUCAUGAAUUUCAAUAGGUUUACUCUGAGUAGGCCUAGCAUUAGAUACAGCCCAGUAUUUUGCAGGUGGAAUUUGAAUGUAUACAGUACUAGGAAAUUCAGAUUUGUGCAAUUAAGGUGGAUUUAAAUGCUCUGUUGCCCUUGCACAAUAAAUCCUUUUUAAAAAAAGAAGCCAUCUUUUUGCAGUUAGGUGAAAUGCAUUGACACGUGUGUAAUUAACAAAAGAUUAAUGGGAAGACAUAUAAAAAGUCCCUCAAAGAAAUCAGAACAAAUGCUUGAUAAAGACCAAAUAAAAUAUAACCUCUGCUUCUGACCAGUUCUGCCAGCAUACAUUUUGUGCCAGCAGCAUAUUUCCAGUUCUGCCAACAUGAAGCUGCCAGCACAUCCUAUAGCCCCCUCAAGUCAAGGGAAAUCAAGUACAGAAUUGGGUCCCUAAUUGUGCCUCAUGCCUACCAGAAAACAACUAUCUAGUACUGAUGUAACCAGAUUUGGUGUAUGAUCAGAAUAGUGUUUAAGCUCUGCUUUUUAACAUCCCUUCCAUGCAGCCUUCUGGGAUGUUGCCAAGGUUUAGUUAAGCAUUAUUGGAGUCCAAUGGACAGCGAUAAAUAGAAGCUUGCAGCAGCAAAUUCCAAAUACUGGAAGGCAUUAUUUGCAUAGAAUACAUACAAAAGGGGGAUUACUUAUUCCAAAAGGGGAAUAUAAAUAAAUUAGGCAUGAUUUACAAGUCAGUUUUUGGAUUUCAUACAAAAAGUUAUAGAACUCCUCGCAUUCAUAAGUUAUGCCUUCUCUAUUACAGUAUUCAUAUGCUAUUGUUCAGCAUCUAAAAGCAUGCAAUUUUGUAAGGAUCAGCUACAAAGGAAAAGGGAAAUUUAAAUAAUAUUUCAAAUCUUGAUAUUGGAACUUAGUCAUUUUCAUGGAGGAUACAACUGAGUGCCAGUGAUUAGGCACUUUGGACUGAUUCGCGCUAAGUUAUGGAAUGAACACAGAACUGAUCGGGACGUUUGAGAUUUUAUUUUUGCAUGGGAAAGGGAUAGAUGUUUCUGUGCUGUUUUCAUUGCUUAUCCCAUAAUAUGUAGACCUUUGUUCAUGUAAAGUAGGGCACCUAUAGACUUGAACACGUUAAAACAGUAUUGUCCCUGAAGCGUUUUUUUAAAUGAACAGGAUACAAUUCUGUGACAGUUGGAAGGAAGUUGAUCAAUGCUACUUGGGAGUGAUCCAAGUGGUAAUCGUACACCCACUUAUCUGGAGUAAGACCCACUAGGUUCAGUGGGACUUAUGUCCAAGCAGAUAUGUAGAUUGCAACUUGAAAGUUCCAGUCCCACCACCACUCUGGGAAAGAAGCAAAUCCAGGGCAUCGAAUCACACAAUGAUACAUUAGGAAACCUGCUCCUCAGACAGGUGCUUUGGAUUCAUGGAAUACUUUCAUAAUUCAGUAAUUUUAUCUCUUGUUGAAUGCAGUUAAUUUCGCAGCACACAAUUUAAAGAAUCACAGCCUUCAAAACCAGCCACGCUGAUGAAUUCCAAGUUAACACAAUGCUACACUUCUACCCUCCCUGACAAAGCAGUCUGUGGAAAUCAAAUUGUGCUCAGCUUGCGACACCCUUUCAAAAAUAAACGCAUAGUUGUCAACCGUCCCUUAUUUGGUGGGAAACUCCCUUAUCCCAGUGCCGUGUCCUGCUGCUGUCCCUUACUGAUGAUGUCCCUUAAAUUUCCCGGGUUUCAUGCUCGCCUGGCUCGGGAGGGAAGCAGCGGCUCAGGGUCCUCCGCCGUGAGAGCGCAUGCACGAGCUGCCGUGUCUCCGUCUCUCCCUUUUCCCCCUCAGGGGCACGUUGUGAGGAGACGGGUGGCAGUGGGUGGGCAGGCAGCCCCUCUCUUGCGAGACUUCCCCCGCGCUGCCAGGGGAAGCUAGAGGCGGCGGCAGCUGAGGAGGCAGCCUGAGGGAGGAGGGGAUGGGGAGGGAUGCAGAAGGGCAGCGCUGCAGCGGCCGCUGCAACACCGCACCCACCUCAUGCCGGGCUCGUGGGCGGCAUUGGCGAGAGUCUCUCUCCCUCCCCCCCCCCCAGGCGGAGAAGGGCCAAUGGAACUCCUCGCGCCAGGACGACGGCAGCCCCGACGUGCUGCUUAGCAUACCCUCCAACCAGUGCAGCAUCUUAAUGUACUGAUUUCCCCCUCUGCAUCCCCUUCAUAACUCUAUUUUUAUAAAUCAUUUUUAUAAAUCAUUUUUAUAAAUCAUUUGUCCAUCCAUAGUUCAAAUUUUUACUACAAGUUUUCUGUCAAUCCUACCAAUGUAUGUAACUCUUUACAAUAGCUUUUCAACUAAAUUAUAAACUUUCCCCAUUCUUUAUUAAAGAGGUCCUCUUCCUGGUUUCUAAUUCUGCCUGUAAGCUUUGCCAUCUCGACGUCGUUCGUCAGUUUUGUCUGCCCCUCUUCUUUGGUCGGAGUUGUAGAUCCUUAGGAUCGUCUAGUCCAACCCCCUGCAAAACACAGUCAGUGGCAGCAAAAGCAGCAUGGCUCCAUCAGUGGCGGAUUUCUGUAUAAGCUAAGUAAAAUCCCUUAUUUUGGCUGCUGAUCCCUUAUUUUCGAGGCUGCUGGUCCCUUAUUUUCAAAUCUGUAAGUUGACAGCUAUGUAAACGGGUCCGUCCAGGAUCGCGUCGUGAGCAUCCUUCUGGCGCCAAGGCGCACGAGUUUCCGUAGCUAAGCAGCCCCCCUACCUCACUCAACACAAGUUGCCCUUACACGGGCGGUGGGGGUGGAGAGAGAGAUUAGAGAGGAGAGAGAGAGAGAAAGCGACUUCGUUAUACACGGCUGCCGUAGGGCGUAUGUUGGCGCGAAAGGAGUGUCUGAGACGGGCUGAGAUCCUACGUUAACCGGCAGGGGGCGCUGUUCCAAAACACGCUCCCGGCGGAGAGACCGGGUGAGGGCAGAACGCAUCGCAGCUGUCACGGCACAUGCUCCUGACUGCUGGGCAUGCGCACUGGCAGCAAGAACUCCCCUCUAUGUGUGUGUGGGGUUCAGCUGGGAUCAAAGCAGUUGGCCGCCGCCGUUGGGAGGGCCCCUUGCGCGCGAUCCCCGCGCCCUUGUGGCUCUGUGUGUGUGUCCGUCCCGAGCCACGUGACCGGGGACGGUGACAAGGCACUUUUCCCCUCCUGCUGAGUCACCGUCCCUUGUCUGAAGGGAAAGCGAGGGAGGGAAGGAAGGAGAGCGGCGCCGCAGACUCUGCCCGGGUACCGAGUCCCUUCCUCUUCUCCUUCCUCAGCACUCGGCGGCCAGUGGCUUCCAGCGGGCGGAGAGAGCAGGCGACCAGCGGUCAUGGGGACGGAGAGCGGCAGCGCCGGGGUGCUGCUGGGGCAAGCGGGCACCCUCAACCUGCAGACGGGCAACCUGCUCAACUGGGGGCGCCUGAGGAAGAAGUGCCCGGCCACCCCCAGCGAGGAGGUGAGCCUGCGGGAAGCGGGGAGGAGGAGACGCGUGGACGGGCCAUUCUGACGACCCGCUCAUGUUGGUCGUGAGAACGCGGGCGCGCGGAUCCCGAUUCUUGCUCUCCGCGCGGGAUGAGCACCCCCCAAAAAAAUACCCCACCAAAGCCAGGCCGCUGCGAUCGACCGCUCCCUCAUAAAUUAUACAUAUGGGGGUUGGCAGGGGUUUUUUGUUCCUCGUCGCGGAGCCUUGAAAGGGGUUAUUUAUUGUCUCCUUUCUGUGGCAAAAGCUGCGGGAGGCAGCGCUGGGUGUGUGUGUUCCCAAAGCACGUUGGUUUUAUUGACUGGGGUUUUAGUUGUUGUUAUACGUCUCUCUCGCGUUGAAAAGAAGAAGAGGAGGACCCCAAACAGCACGAUGCUUUGAAAACAAUGAGUUGGUAUUAAAAUCCAGAUCUCUGUCUGAAUCGGGGUGGAGGGGAAUUAAAGCUUUAUUGAUUUCCUGGUUCUCUGCUCCGCUUUAGCUGGAGAGUUUGUGGGUUCAGAGCAAUGUUGGAAUCCCACCACGGAGAGUUAUCUUUUUUAGAAGCCUCAGUGUUAAGUAGAUAUUUGUUUAUGUUGCUGUGUAUUUUCCUCAGUGCAAAAACAAUUUGCUUCUUCCACUGUAUUGUGUUUUUGUCCAAUGCCUUACAGGUUGCUUCCAGGCAAACAACCUGUUUGUAGAGCAUUCACCUGAUUUGUUUUGCACAAAGUUUGUAGGCAGGUUAUAUGAUGCCUCACCAAACAAUUGUUAUCACUUUCCUUACUGCAAAAAGUCUGAUUUUGUUUGGAAAGCGCUUUGUUGCCCAGUAACGUGCGCUGCCGUAACUUCCUGGUUUGUCACUGAUUCCCCAUCUGAAAAAUUGUGAUAGCCUCAAAGCAUCCUUAGUCUCUCUUAAUAGCCUUAAGAGUAGGGGUUUUUUGAAAACAUUGAAGCCCAUCACAAUUUGUUAACAAGUGCUUUUCUGCUAAAUUUUGGACAUGAUUUUAAAAAACCCUCUUAACAAGCACUUAGGUGAAAAGACUCCCCAAACAUUUCUACAUAAUGUUUGGUAUACUGUCAGGGCAUACACUUCCACUUUCAUUUAUUCUGCUAUGUUUCCCCUAAACUUUUCUGAAUCAUAAGCAAGCAACUUUUUCCAAAUCUCUUGCUAGCAUUUUAGCAGUUUGAUGAGCUGUUGCACGUUUGAUCAGGCAACUUACUGGAAAUUUGAUAGGCAGUUAUGCCUUUGACGUCAGCCUAACUUAACUACUCAACACCUUGUAGUGCUAAAGGUUUUUACAUUAAAUCUGUUUAGGCUUUUUGCGACCCCAAACUUGUUAGCUAAAAGCAUGUCUAGCUUAGCAGUUAAAUGUGAGCAUCUUGAACUGUGUUGCGGCAUGUAGCUGCAAAAACUUCCUUGCCCCACCCUGGUUGUAAUUGACAUAUGGAAUCCUGCUUGUAAUUAGUUUGGCAUCCUAUUGUCUCUUCAGGCUAUACUGACAGGCAGCACUGUAUUGGUCUUAUGCUUGGGGGUCAGUUCUUUUUAAACAGCCUAAAAAUGGUCCUGUAAAACUGCAUUUCAUUCUAAUCAUUUUCUUUUUGUUUUAUUACUUAUUUAUUAAAUUUGUAUACCAUCCUUCAUCCAAAGAUCGCAGGGCGGUUCACAACACAAAAAUACAAAAUGAGGACACAAAAUCCGUAAUAAAAACAAGAACAAAAACAAACCAAUAACUCCCCCUCCCACAAAUACAUUUAAAAGGACAUAGAAUUUUAAUCAGCCUGAUUAAAGAGAAACAUUCCCCCCCCCCCGGCACCUAAAUAUAUGUAAUAAAUAUAAAUAAAUUUUAUUAUGGCUAAUGCAAUCUAUUCAAAGACAAGAUAUCUUCUGGACUAAAGUGUUCAUGUAUCAUAUUGACCUAGUUAUUUUCUUAUAAUUGUCAAUUUCCUUCACCCCCAGUGUGCCAUAAGGUGAUGUAUUAUAGUAUUUUGUAACCCAAAGUAGUCAUCCUCAGCUUGAGGAAAGUUUUUCCCAAGCUUACUUUUAUUCUCGGCUAUCCCACAAUAACCAUUUAUACUCAAAACAGUUGGUAUUUAGAGGACUUUUGCUUUCAGAUCAUACUUCCACCUUGAUAUGAGAAGAAAAGUUUAUCACAGCCACAAAUCACAAUAACCUUUUUUCGCCCUUUCAAAAGUACGCAUAGUGAGUGUGUAACAAUAAUUAAAAUUUGCUUUGUGACUUCUUGGGAAAGUACAUUGCUAAUCUAUUGGGUAACUGGCUUGCCGUGCUGUUGUUUUUAAUUAUUAUUCUAAAGAUGAGGUUCAGUUCUUAGCACUGAGCAUCUAUAAAGCCAGCAGCUUAGUUUCAGAACAUGGAUUAUGAGGCUUGGGAGCCAUUGUUCUGCAAACUAUAGGCCCCCAUACCAUUCUGAGGUAGUAAUGAAGUUAUGUUUGGCAGCUAUCCCGUAGCCUGCUUGAAUAUAAUGAAAGCCUCAGUUCAGAUCAAAAUAGAGGUGAGUAUUACUUUUACAAUAGGCAGGGUGGGAGCAAUACUAGUAAUAAUAGUAAACUACAACACAGCUUGUGGAGUUUAUUGUUGUUCUUAGUAUGCUGCUAUUAGGGAAGUUGUGUAAUUUUUAUGAAUUUCAUGUGCUUUUGUGUGAAUGUACUGAUAUUAUAAUGUAUUUGUAUUAUGCUUAUGUUUUUAAAUAUGUUGCGUGUUGCUUGGGAAACCCUUGUGCAACAAGCUACUAACGAGUCUAAUUAAUAAUACAGUACUUCCCUGAAGGGAACUGCUCUGACACGUGUAAAACAUACGUACCAGAAGCAUGGGUUCCUAUUUUAUUAUCUUUUUUCCUCUGCAUACAACUACAGUAUUGUUUCUAACCCAGUGGCUUUCAAACUGAAAGCCAGAAAACGGGAGUUCCUCAGUGAGAAUAUCAGUAGAGAUGGACAGGUUUUCUGAAAAGACUGUGCGCUACAACUCGUCUGGCCCUGUAAUGUGUAGCUGCAGGGAAGGGUUGUGUGUUUUACAGGGCGUAGUCUCAGUUCAUGCUAGGUGAUGGUAAAUGGCAUUCACUGGCUGCCAAAAGAUUUGGCCGGCAGCCUACAAAAACCGAGUGUGGCUCAUAGAAUGCACCCCAGAAUCCUUUGGAAGAUGUAGACCGCUCAGAGAUUCCUCAGCACAGACCACUCAGUGGGGAAGGGGUUCCCCAAAGCUAGAAACUUUGAAAACCACUGUUUUGGUUUUACACCUGGGGAAUUGAGUCAGAUAAUAAAUUUGAAGCUUAUUUCUAUAGCUGCGCUUUUUACACUUUACAAACUGUCCAAAGCCAUCACAGCAGGGAACACUAAAUAUGAGGGCUGUUAACUGAUUAAAGAAUUAUUAGUUGGCCUCUUAACCAAUUAUUAUUGGCCUCUUAACCAAUGAAGUUAAUUGACGAGAUAUGUUUAAAUACCGUAACAUGGUAUCAGAAUCUCAGUUAAUAAGGUGCCUUUCUGAAAUUCUAAAGAGUGUGAGGUAGCUUCCAAUUCAAUAGACAAACGCUACUCUAUUCUAGUACUAAAAAUCACAUUUAGUUUUCUCAUUCUGAAAGUUUGGCAAAAUUAAACAUGCCCACAACAUGCUUAAUAUUUGCCUUUCAUUGAAUUGUUUCACAACAAUUAAAUCAGUCAAACCAUUUUAAAGCUUUACUUAGGCUGAAUUUGUAGCUUUUGCAAAUGAUCUUUGCAUGAGAAAUACACUACUACAAGACCAAUUGCUAGAUUUUGCUUCUCUUCCCUUUUUAAAAAUAAUAAUGGAAGUUGUUGCUCAUUCAGACCUGGACUCAAACUUCCCUAUGCCUUGUUAACUGAAAAAGUUAAUUGAUCAUUCCAUUCAGUAUCAGCAACCCUCAAUUCAGAUCACAGUGAUGUUGAACAGGAAGUUGAAACUUGUCCAAAGAGACAUAAAGAAGACAGUGGUCUAUUGGUGAACCACUGGCCAAUUUUUAGAUGAAGGCUUAUUGCCGACUGCUGGGUUUGCUGGAUUCUGGUACAGAGAAAGACACUUAGUUUCUUAAGCAAGAGUUCAUACCUGUGGUUCUAGCUUAUAUGUUACAUAAACCACUGUUUUUUGUGACAGGAACAAGCCACAGCAAGCCUUACAUUCUUGUACCCCUCCGCUGCCCUCCUCUAGCACAAUUUUCCAGUUCUUUAGGUUUUGGUGACUUGUUCCUCCUUUUCUUUGCCCCCAAAAGUCAUGAAUCUGCUGCAUUAUUUGAGGGUUCCUCUCAUUUCCCAUCUAGGCCCCUGAUGUGACCUUAUGCAGGCCACCCACUUUGCCUAAUGGGAGAAGGGAGCAAUACUUUAAAACCAGCAUGGUGAAUUGCAGAAAAAAUAGGAUUCCUUUCCUUUUUACUGUUUCCUGUUUACAUUUGUCCUCACAUUUUUGUUCUAUCCCUGUACCCAGAUAUAACUUGCUUAGUUUGUGUGCAUAAGAGAGAAGAUAAUAGGGAUCAGCAGAGGCAAGUUUAAUUUCCUUUUCUCACUGUAUUGCAAAAUUGAAACCAAGCGGUGUUGAAUAGUGAAUAUGUUGCUUUGCAGCUGCGGGAUUGCAUUCAGAAAACCUUAAAUGAGUGGAGUUCAAAGAUCAGCCCAGAUCUAUUGCAGGUAAGUGACCUUUCCUGUUUUGUGUUUCCUUGCUAGUAUGCUUGUCAAAUAAUUAGAAUUUUCUCUGGCCCAAUCUCAGUCUGUCCUUGUUAAAUGAAAUUUAUUGCUGGGGAGAGAAACAAUAUAAUGAAAGUUAUCAUAGAAGAAUUAAAGUGCCUUUACCUGGAACCGAAAUAAAGUCAGAGGCAGGCAUUCCUUCCCAUUCCAAAGAGUAGGAAUGGGCAGGUGGAGAGCUGACAGAUGUCUGGUCACUGCCCUCCAUAUGCUUCUUUGUGACACAGAGCAGGACUUUGGAGGGCAAAUGGAGUGUCCAGACAGGUUCCUGUGGGAAGACGUGAUCCUUUAGGUAAUUGGAAUCCCAAGCCAUUUAGGGCUUUAAAUGUCCAAAGCAGCACUUUAUCAUGGACUGAAUGGACACAGGAAUGGUGGGAGGCACCAGCUGGGGAACCUGCAAGGACCCAGGGCUUGGUGGUGGGACAACAACGAGUCAUCAGAGGGAGAAGAGGAAGAAGAUUGGGAAGAGGUGUUGGAAUCUGGAGAGGUAACAGGGUUUAGUGAGCAGGGAGAGUCAAGUUCCCCUCCCUUCUGGUCUCCCAGAACCAGAAGAGGCGUGAAGAGGGAAGAGCAAAAACAGGUCUGCUGGAAGUCUCAGAUUGCUUGGGAGAGGAGGAGACUUAGGCAGCUGGGGUAAGGCAGGGACCUUGAUUCUCCACAACUAUAUCAUAGGGACAAUAUUUACCGAGAAGAGUUGCUGUGCUUAUGAGGCCUGGCGCUACUGAGCAGACCUUGUUUCUUCUAAUAAAGAGUUAAUUUCGCUUACUCCAUGUGAUUUAUUGCUGACCCACUCCUGCCAGUCCCAUUUUGCAAUUAGAAUGGGACCAGAGACCCAGUAAUUGGAUGGUUUGUGUAAACAUAACCCCAUGACUGUUUUUAUUUUCUUUUUAAAACUGUUUGUUGCAUGUGUUUUUAUUUCAUGCCCUGCAUUUUUGAGGCUGAAUGCAGGCAUAACAUAAAACGAGGACUCUCAGAAUAUGUGUAGUGCUACAAAUCUGCCUUGCAUACUGAAGAUGUGCUUUGCCUUUCACGCAGUUUGAUGAGGUGCUUGUCAGACUUGCCCUCUGUGGCCUCCAGCUGUGCAGUGUGGACCAGGCCUUUUGCAACUGGGUGCCUUGGACAGGGGGAUUCCAGAACUAUUGUCUCAAGCAUCUACUGCUGAGUUGUUUGCUCUCCCUCCCCCAUAUGAAAACAGAAUUUUGAUGAAGCUCAAGGCUGCUUUUUAUAUGUCUUCUCUAAUGAUACAAUAUGUGCUUAGCUGCCAGUACUGGUAAGCUUCUUCUGACUGUCAACAUAUUUAUUUGCAGGAGCUGCCCGAAACCCUUGAAUGUACUCUAGCCCAAGCAAUAGAAAAGAUCAAUCCUGAAGAAAGGGAAGAACUGAAAGUUUCAGGUAUAAUUUGUUUGUUGACUUCAUCGGGAGAGAUGGGAUGGAGUUGGGUCCAGUGUUAGUCAACCAGCUUCUUAGGUACAGAGAGUCACUUUCCUCUGGGGACUUAUGGAAUAUUAAAUUGAAUAGGUUGGGGAAUUGAGUAAGAGGUCCAGCAUAGCACAGCUUAACAUUGUUAUGAAUGAAUGGGGCAGCAGAGCUGAAAGGCAACAGAGUCUGCCAUUGGCCAGGAGACCAAAGCUCGUUUCUCUGCAUAUUAUAUGCUGCUUUUGUUCAAUUGCCUUCAGUAAAGUAUCAUCACUUACUUUCUCUUGGGACUCUUAUCUGCAUUAUUCUAGUCACUCUGCUGACAAGAAUUGCAGUCGAGGAUCUGCUAACUAAACAACCUGAUGACUAAUUCAUAGGAGGAUCUGCUAACUAAACAACCUGAUGACUAAUUCAUAGGACAAAGCAAUAUUAUUUAUUCCCUUUUAAUAUUUUUAUCCUGCUUUUCAGACAAUUGUCCUCUCCCAAAGGAGAUCACAGAAAUAAAAAAGGAUCGUUAAACCCUCCUUACCUGGGUGUAUUUGAAUUUAAUAUGCUUACUUCUGAGAAAACAUGGUUAGCAUUGCACAGUUAGUAGUUCAUCUGCAUUUAGGCUGUGUUUGCACCAUGAUUUAGCAUUAUGAGGCCAAGCCUUUGCAAGUCUCUGUCUUGCACACACGCGCACACCGCAGGUUUAUUUAUCUGGCUUGCUCUGGAGAACUAUAGUUAAGAGUGACCCCAGUUAAGGAUACUGUGGUUAAUAAAAAAUAGAAGCAUAAAUGCUUGAUCGCCUCCUCACAGCCACACCAGAGGGGAGGGGAGAGUGCAUGAGCCCUGGGCUUGCAGAUGUAUCCAAAGUGUACACCACCAGAACUUUGGUACUGCUUUGCUUAUAUAUCAUUGCAUCCAUAUUGCUCUUUCCAAAGUCUGUACUCAACAAAAAUCUUCAGGAUCAUAUCAUAGCCUCAGGCAAUGCAUAUCUUUUUCUUUCUUUUCUUCCUUAAAGCAGCUGAUGCCACUGUUGCAAUGCUGGAAGUAAAAUGAAAACAGAACUGGGACAAAUGUGAGGGAAUGGCCAAUUGCAUAACGCAUCAGCCUGUGAGCUUCCAGAGGCCUCCGGCUGUUGGAUACAGAAUGGUGUGUUAGGUGGUCUCCUUCUGGUCUCCUUCAGUAAGGGGCAAUUCUGAAGUUUCUGAAAGAGAGGGCAGACAUUUCUAGGUUACAGCACAGUUGCAGAAGGGUCGUGGAACCAUCCUAGUGCUCUGUAUAGAUAGUGGCUAUCCUUGCAUCCUGAAAAUGAAAACAGUUGUUAGUUCAAAAAUAGCUACAUAAAUAUGAGUAAAUCUUGCUGAGAGGUGUGUGCCAACCUGGGUCUCUUUUGGGCCUGGUAUUGAAGUCACAGCCAAUAAUCUUUCAUAUAUGCUUCCUGAACAACAAGUUAAUGAACUACUUUGAACCAAGGUUUUUAUCUGAGUUGAUAAGGCAAUCUCAGUUCCAUCAAUGAUUCUGAGAGUACCUACCAUAAAAAAACCCCCGAACAUCUAUUGUAAGUGAAAUCAAGAAGCAGGUUUUUCAUCACCACGUUCUAGGCUGAGCCAUGGGCUAAGGCUAAGUGUGAGGAACCUUUGUCCCUCCAGAUGUUGGUGAACUACGACUCCCAUCAUCCCUGGCCAUCAGCGAUGCUUGCUGGGGCUGAUGGGAUUUGGCUGAAGGACCAAAGGUUCUCCAACCCCUGGACUAACAACAUAAAACAACAUUUCUGCCAUUCUUUAACUCAUCCAGUGCGUCAGGAGCUCAUUGGCAAAAAUUCCUUGUCUUCACAUGCAGAGAAAUAAUCUGUGGGCCGCUGUUCACCAAAAGGACCUGAGCAAACAUGUCUUAAGUCAAAUUGCUUUGAAAUCUAACCUUUCUAUAAGCUUGUUUUGCAUUUCAUCUCAAUGGGAGGCUUGCCUAGAAAUCUAUAAACCUAGAAAUAACCUAGAGCAGCAAAUAACCCUUAACUCAGUCUCUGAAAGGCGGACAUUGUGUAAUAUACGUCAGACUUUUGAAUUGGAACAAUUGGUGUUCUUGGGAAUUAAUUGCUUUUGGGAGGGGAACUUCUUGCAUUUUUGUUGUUCUUGUUGCUUUAUAGCUAAGUUGUAUUUGUGCAAGACAUCAACAUAAAGAAAGGAGGAGGCUGCAUAAUUCUUCCCAGCCUUUCUAGGAGACUCUAGAAUUUGAACACGGGACCUUCUGCAUUCAAAUUAUGUCCUCAGCCGCAGUGUUUUGGUCAUUCAUCUGUGCAGAUUUAAUGUGCUAUUAAAUGGUCAGAAACACACAGUUGGGAAUUUGCAUUAUUUGCAGGUGUUGCUUUCCCUUAUUAACUCGUCUUUUAUUUUCAGCAAAAUUGUUUAUCGCGGGAUCAAACACUUCAUCAAUCAGAGAAGCAGUCAGUAUGAGUAAGUUGGCAACUUACAUUUGAACAUAUCCAAAGUUUGCAGGGUCUUUUCUUUUUCUUUUUAAAGCCUUCUCUGGCUCUGAAACAGAGAAGCUUUUCCUAGUCAUGAAUGUUUUAAAAAUCUAUUCACCUUUGUACCCUUUCCCUACUGUCUUUGAACAAAGUUGGCAGACAGUGAAAUGAGGGCGGGGAAGGAAUAACUUUCAGUCGAGGGGCUGCAUUUCUCGUGGUUUCCUUUUCAGGGUCCAUCUUUCAAAUAAUAGAUGCAGCUAAAUGGAAGGUGAGCAGGGCUGACCAGCGCAUGCAUACAUACCUGAACAUACCUCACAUAUUACAUGUAUGCUUACAUAUACAGCACACAACACGCACAUAAUUAGGUUUGGGGGGAAUGUUUGCAUUGGAGACAGUAAGACUUCUAACCUAAGUGCAGUUGGGUGAGGGUGCAUUUCUAGCAAGGGGGUAUGGCGGCUGUGACCCUCCUCACAAUUGACCAUGCCACAUUUCGGCUUUGGAGGAGUGGGGCUCCUAUUGGCUUUAAUAUUAGGCUUUUUUCAAACCUAAUUUUAGUAGGCCAGAAGUGCACACCGACUUACUAAGAACUGGAAGAAAUCCAGAUUUUGCAUUGCAGAGCAAGCUUCAAUUCAAGCAAAAAUUAGUCUUUUGUUUUUCUGAUAGCUAAACUCUGAAAAUAACCCUUUUGUGUGGUUUCCUUGUAUGUAUACUAUUGUAUGUUCAGAACAAUUAAGAACUCUGCUUUCCUUCCUCUCUUUUCAGCAUAUUUUGCUGCAAAUACCUAUUGUAUAGGUUCUUUCUUGUAAUUCAAAAAUAGUUUAGCUUGAUCUUGUAAAAUUGAUUUGUAUCUGCAGGGAUUUUGUGGAUUCAGGGAAUUGAACAUUUAUACAAGGAGAUAGAAUAAGUGAUCAGAAGACAAGUAGAUUCGUGUUUCUUAAAGCCUCCUGUAAAUCAUUUUUAUUCUAUUUAAGCAUGAAAGUUUCUCUCUUUUUUUUUUUUUUAUAGCAUGUUCUACCCUUGGUGUCGACCAGUUAGAUUCCGUGAUAAUUGCUCCUCCUCCAACCGAAGACGGAAUUAAUCUUUCCUUAGAAUAUUUACAACCUUACUGGGCAGAGCUUGAAAACUUAGUUCAAAACAAAAAGAUUGUUGCCAUAGGGACUUCUGAUCUAGAUAAAGCACUGUUGGAGCAACUGUUCUUGUGGGCGCAGGUAAGAGGCAGUCUAUUCAACUGAAAUAACCUGGAUCUGCUGCUUUUUCUGUUAAUAUGUUCUGCUGAAUAUAUUAUGAAAUCAGAUCCAGUUUUAAACCUGAGUACAAUAUAGACACUUUAUAGCCAGCUGGGCAAGCAUUUAGUUGCAUCGCUAUAUUUGAUAUGUAAAGCAUUUUUUAAAAAAAUUUAGAAAACGGAGCAGCUUUCCAUUGUCAUAAAAAAUGUGCAGUCACUUAAUUAAAUAUAAUGUAAGGCAAACACCAUAGCGCUAUCUUAUAUUUGAAGGAAAGCUGAAAUUUUUAAUUUUUUCUAGGUGAAACCAAGCAGUAACCAGGUGAAUCUUGCAUCCUGUUGUGUGAUGCCACCAGAUCUGACUGCAUUUGCUAAAGAGUUUGAUAUCCAGCUUUUGACUCAUAAUGAUCCAAAAGGUAAGGUCCUGUUAAUUGCCUUGAUAGAGUAGACCAAAGGUCUAUUUAUGCUUUGCCAUUUUAUGAUCAUUAAGAAUUAGCUGUAUUAUCACAGAGUUAGUUCCAUAUUCUGUGUAGGGCACAAUGUAUACAAAAAGAACUUUUUCCUGGAUGCCAGCUUAAAUCAAAGCCAGAAUAGCUCAGCCCAAUGUUUGAGGACAUGUGCAUAAGGUGCACUGCCUGUUACCAUUGGAGCAAAGAAUUCAUUAUUCCCACCUUUUUAACAAUGAAUUUCUGGCUUAUAUCACUUGUAUGUUUGGAGAUUUUAAAAACUGGUAUUGAUUUGGACUUAAUGCAGUCAAGGAACUCAUUCAGCAGGCAAAACAUAAAGUCAUUUGUAGAGAUAACAUUGCAGCAAAGAUGUGCAUAGCAAUAAGCCAGGAGAUAAAUCCUGCAGUGCACCUUAUGGAUUAGUUUGAACAAACCUGGACUUUUAAAAUAAUGUCCAAACUAACAUAUUAUAAAAGGUCAAGUAAUGAACAACUGUAGAAGGUUCUGGAGUGUUGGUCUUGGUGAUGUUCUGGCAUGUCAAAUAUCAGGACUUUCAACCAUAUAGUGUAUUUGCUUUAUUGUAAUUACAUAUAUACAUAUUUCAAAUAUGAUUGGCAUUCAGAUUGGUAUUCUGAAUGCUGGUAGCUCAAUUUCCUAAAAGCUUUGCUAAUCAUCACCUUCUCCUGUCCCUGUUCUAACCUUAGAACUCCUUUCCGAAGCAAGCUUCCAAGAAACACUUCAGGAAAGUAUCCCAGAUUGCCAAGUGCAUGAAUGGACUCCACUGUGGCUUCUGCGAUAUUCAGUCAUUGUUAAGAGCAGAGGAGUCAUCAAAUCCAAAGGCUACAUCUUGCAAGCUAAAAGAAUCCCAGCAUCUUAAGAUGGACCUUGGCAUUAACCUGUAUCUGAAAAGCUCUGUCUCUGCUAUAUCAUUGCACCAAGAUGCAAACUGGAAUUUGUAAAGACCAAAAUGUUUUAUUAUCAAGUAGUCAGUGAAGCCCAAAUUACAUAUUGGAGUAAGAGGCUGAUACCAUGUUUCUCUAUCAAUUUCCUUUUAUUUCAUACAUGGGUGUUUUGUGUUGAGUUCAGCUUGCUCACUUGUGAAAUAUUAUUUUUCAUUAACUGUUCGGGUGAUUUAGAGAUGAUAUAUAAAUAAAAAUAUUUGAAAUAUUUUAAUGACUAAUAUAAACAGAAUUUGACUAGGUAUAUUUUGAUUGAAAUAUUUCUGUUUGCAAGGAGUAAUGUAACUUGUUAAACCUUAUUGCUGCUAAGUGGACAGCAGAAUAAAUUUGGGAACACUGGUGGAAUGAGCACUCUGAUUUUAAACCAGAGAUGUAAAAUUCAGGGUAUGCAAGUAAAUCGUUUAAUAUAUUCAUGAAUGUACUUCCCCACCACUCCUGUCAUAAUACAGUGUAAUACUUGUAUUAUGUAACUUUUUUCUUCUAUCAUGUCUAUACUACAUUUCUCUUGAUAUGCCCAAGGAGAUGGUGUUUCUGUAUUGGAGAGCACUGGUCAAAAAUAUAAUUAACUUUGUCAAAGUUUACCUAGUUUCAUUUUGCCAGUGCUAAAGCAUGGUUUACAUUUUGAGACCCAUAGAAAGAUGAUUGGCUUUAUAUAUAACCUUGACAUCACAUACAGUAUAGAUCAGGGGUUCCUAAAUUUGAGUCUCUAGCUUCUUUUUGGGCUACAAUUCCCAUCAUCUCUGACCACUGGUCCUGCUAGCUAGGGAUGAUGGGAGUUGUAGUCCCCCCCAAAAAGCAGGAGACCCAAUUCUGUCUGAAAAUCAGAGCUGUCAUAGUUAAACGAAAAUUAGUUUGGGUUGGUUCCAGACUGAAUAAGCGUAUAGCCACUGAAAUAAAUGGAAUUUGUUACUCAUGACUGACUUAAAUCCUGAUGAUUUACAGCAGGUCCACUCAAAGCAUAACUAAGGGCUUAUCCACACUUUUUCUUUUCCCACCACUUUAUCCUGGGAAAACCUAUACACUGCUGAAUCAGAGCAGACGUCAAUUGGGUUUUCAAUGGAUUGAAGUUUCCUCCGAUUCAGUGGUAAAGAGCAGGUUUUCCUGGGGAAAGUGGCUUGGCAAAUGGAAAACCACUUGGACCCGUUCAAAGUGUAGGCAAGCCCUUUGUGUAGCAUCAACCCCUUGUUUUUGUCAACUAGUUUGGUGCAUUCAGUGUUCUGGACUGCCUUUAACCUAUGGAAACUUCUAUAACUGAAGCAGUUUUCUAGUUUUUCAUUUAGUGUAUAGCCAAAUACAUUUUGGAGGUUUUACACCAUUUGAGGAAGGUUAACAUUUGUAUUUGUAUAUGCAUACCUAUUUAAUGCACUAAUGACAGGUUUCAUGAGGGGUGGUAAACUUUUAUCUGAAGUCCAGAGUUUUACAUUCUAAUUAAAAAUAGCAUCAUAAUGGGUAGCUAGAAAGAGUAAAUGCUUUUGUACUGUCUAUCAUAUCCUGUUUAUGUACUUUAAUCCAUUCCAGUGGGCAAACUUCUCAAGUUUUUAUUAAGUUUUUGAAUAAGGGGGUUUAAGCAUGUGGUGAUGUUUGGGUCCUAAAAUGUUUUAAGUAAAGCUUCUCAGACAGGAUUCUGGCGUAAACUUUGAUUUGCAGCAUAAAUAUCCAAAUAAUUCUGGCGAUAUUGCUAAAAAUAGUAUGUACGGAAUUUGCAGGAUGUCUGUUUAUGGAAAUUUGGGGUUGCAAAACAAAAGAUGUAGACAGCUGCAGUUGUAUGUAGUCUGCUUCAGAAUUAACUGGUUUUAUUUAAACUUCUGUACCUAAUGAGCUUUUACUAGUUUGAAAAUCAUUGUUGAUUUAAAAAAACCCUUGCUUUACAGAAAUUCGCUGGUAACUGUUUCUCCUCUUUGUGUGCAUCUCUAUAUAAAUUUUCAAAUAAUAUUGCAGGUUAUGUUGUCCUUUUUUGGAGUUAGGGAGUGAGGAACUGCAGAUUUUGGUUUGGAUUUUCUCCAGCCAACAUGAAGAACACUAGAUGGAAUGCUUCUCAUAAAAUGAUACGAUGAAAUAAAACUUUAAAACAGAUUUUAAA